UAAAAUUCCCGGAUGAGCACGUGGUCUUGUUCAUUUUCAGCAUCCGGACGCGACGCAGGAAGAAGCAGUUAGGCUACCAUAACUUGUUUAAAUUUGAAACUAUAGUGAAAGAAUGAGUGACGAAGUUGCUGCAAUUGUUAUUGAUAAUGGAUCGGGGAUGUGUAAAGCUGGAUUCGCCGGCGAUGAUGCCCCACGAGCCGUGUUUCCAUCUAUUGUGGGACGACCCAGGCAUCAGGGAGUGAUGGUUGGUAUGGGUCAAAAGGACAGUUACGUAGGAGAUGAAGCCCAGAGCAAGAGAGGUAUCCUCACUCUACGAUACCCCAUAGAGCACGGGAUCGUGACAAACUGGGACGACAUGGAGAAAAUCUGGCAUCAUACUUUUUACAAUGAACUACGAGUAGCGCCCGAAGAGCACCCUGCAUUAUUGACUGAGGCACCAUUGAAUCCCAAAGCCAACCGCGAGAAGAUGACCCAGAUCAUGUUCGAAACGUUCAACUCUCCCGCCAUGUAUGUAGGUAUCCAGGCCGUGCUAUCCCUCUAUGCUUCCGGGAGAACUACAGGUAUAGUUAUGGACUCAGGAGACGGAGUGUCUCAUACGGUUCCUAUCUAUGAAGGAUACGCCCUUCCUCAUGCCAUCCUUCGUUUGGACUUAGCUGGACGAGAUUUAACAGGAUACCUCGUGAAGAUUCUGACAGAGCGAGGCUAUUCUUUCACCACGACAGCUGAGCGGGAAAUUGUCCGCGACAUCAAAGAGAAACUUAGCUACGUAGCUCUGGACUUCGAGCAGGAAAUGGUAACUGCUGCUUCGACUUCAUCUCUAGAGAAAAGCUACGAGCUACCCGACGGACAAGUCAUCACCAUUGGCAAUGAGAGAUUCCGCUGUCCGGAAGCUUUUUACCAGCCCGCAUUUUUGGGAAUGGAAGCAUCCGGUAUUCACGAAACGGCGUACAACUCCAUCAUGAAGUGCGACGUCGACAUCCGACGAGACCUAUAUGCCAACACUGUAUUAUCUGGUGGAUCUACUAUGUUCCCAGGAAUGGCCGAUCGCAUGCAGAAAGAAAUGACCGCACUAGCGCCUAGCACCAUGAAAAUCAAGAUCAUCGCUCCCCCAGAAAGGAAAUACUCGGUAUGGAUCGGCGGAUCCAUCCUUUCUUCACUAUCUACCUUUCAGCAAAUGUGGAUCAGCAAGCAGGAGUACGAUGAAAGCGGUCCAAGUGUAGUCCACAGGAAAUGCUUUUAGACUUGUACAUAGAUAUAUAUACGUAUGGAGUGCUGAUCAUACGAUACCAUGCACGAUGAUUUAUGUAACGAGUGCUGGCUCUGCCAGGCCAAGUAGUUGUAUAUUUCUUUGUUUCGAGUUCAUUUGCAGCUUGUGUUACUGAUGUUGAAGUCAUUCAAUUUGAGAAAAUUCAUUGUUUGCAUAUUAUAUUGUUAACAUGCAUAUUAAUAUAUCUAUAGAAAUAUUAAAUAUUUAAAAGUACAUCAUU